AGAAGAAUACGUCGUAGUGGCGUGCUUGGCACGUGGCGGAGGUCUUGCUGUGUUUCUCAGAGGUCACUGGGACCCGAGUUGUGGUUUCUCUUCACAUCUUGAUAUUUGCCCUCCAACCGGUCAAUGUUUUCCUCUCUCUCCUAGUCUUCUCUUCACUUCUUCAUUUCUUCGCCGCUUUUGUAGAGAACUGCCCAGGGGUGUUUAGUCCGUAUACCCCUUCGUUGUGUUCUGCACGCUAGUGAGCAUCAAGACGCGCUCACACAGAGAGAGAGAGAGAAAUGAUGAUCGUGGGGUCCACGACACGCCUCUGUCAUGUGCGCGGCGUCACACCCGUGCACACGCGCUCACACCAAGAGUCAUUCGCGGACGGUGCCGCGCCGCUGGUAGCGCCACUGGCACACACCCGGGGCGUCCCCCCUGCGCCGGCCCACCCAUGGGACGGCGUGGGUAGUCCCACCUCCGCACACGCAAGUGGACACGCACCACUGCGUGCCUCCCUGCUGCACGUCGCACACACACAUACAUCCGCACACGUCGGCGCGCUCACCCGCGUCCACAUCGCCGCGCACCACCGCAGCGGCGUCCACCGACGCACACACGCGCACGCCGUCGCGCCUUCACGCGCGCGCGCGCACCCUGCCCACCGCUGCGGCGGGCGACGCAAAGAAGAACAACACAGGGGGCCCCAAGCAAACCCGUUGCACCCUCCCUUCUCCGUCUCCCCCCGCAGCCGCACUCGACGCCGCGUGUCCGCUUCGGCUGGGCACGCGGCCCACCGCGCACACGACCGACUGCUCCAUUGGGGCGCCGUCCGCACACCUCGUGCGUGCACGGGUCCCGAGCGAAAGUCCCUCGCCCACAUACGCGCGCCGCAACACGCACACGCUGCUGUGCGGCGCUGGCAGCAAGUGCCGGGUGCCGGGGUCAACCCCAUCGACUGCUACGUCACAAUGGCACCGCCGUACACACCCGCUGCUCGCACGUCGGGCAGCGGGGCCACCGACUGCCGCGGUACGGCUCCCCCUCGACAGCGAAGGGUUGGGAGUCUGUAUCUCCGCGCCGGUCCCUCGUGGGCUGGUGUGCGGGUGAUCCUGCGGCAGAAGCUAUCCGUGCGCACCGCGCCACACCCAACAGCACGCCUUCGUGUGUGCCGCUGCGUGUCCGGCGUGUGGUGCGUGCGGUCACGGGCGGCGCACUCGCCGUGCAUCCACCCCCCUCCCGCGUGCGUGUGUGUCUGUGCUUGCACACGCGCGCACGCACGCACCGGAUGUGAAUGGGGCGUGUCCGCACGCUCCACGGCGAGACUCGUGCCACGCACGGGUGUGCUGCGCCAGCCUCCCCACUCGGUGGUCUUUGCGCAACGUUGGGCUACACAUACAUGCGCGGCGGAGCGCGGUGCCUCGUGUGCCGCUCCUUCCUGUCGUGCUUAA